AGGAACCACAGCAAAGGCUACAAAAAGAGACAGGAUUCAGGGAAAGCAAAUCCUAACCUUCAACAGUUUGCCAGCCUAACAUUAAACACGACAGAGUUCCCUGCAGCAUGUCUGUGCAGUGCAACAGCCAGUCAGCCUUAUUGCAAGAAACCCACAGUAAUGAAGCAGCGCCAGGGUCAAGACUGUCAUCUGCACAUACAAUGUCAACAUCUGAAAGUCUCUUUUCCAAAACCGGAAGGGAAUCCCAGCUUGUGCUGCCAGAAAUCCCAGGAAAGGAUGAAGAAAAAGCAAAGAAAAACCCAUCUGCAGUUCCUCCAGAUUUCGAUAUCUUCUCAAUAAGGGAAAAGGAAAGACAAAAGGCUCAGGAGGAACGUGAAAGGAUGAAGACCAUGAAAAUCCAUGAGAAAACCACUUAUUCUACUAAAGUAAAAGCAAAGCAAAAAGAGUUAAGGCAAGCUCUGCAACAGGAAGAAAAGGAGGAGGCCAGAAAACAGGCAACAAAUGAAGAGAGACUGAAAGCUCAUCAGAAGAGUCUUUUACGGGAGACAGCCUGUAAAAGAGAUUACCCAGCAAACAAGCAGACCUUCCGUGACUACAUAAAUGACAUAAGAGAGAUAUCUUUACUUGAGUUUGGCAUAACAGUACAGAGAGAGGAAAUUCAGAGGCUGGAGGAGAUAGCAAGGAAUGAGGAGAGGAAGGUGGAAAAGGCUGCAUACUGCCUGAAGAAGGAAGCUGCCCGUUUUGAAGAGUUCCUGAAGGAGAGCCAGAAAAACUUUGUUCAAGCCCUGAAAAUUGAUGAAAAAGAAGUUGAAGAGGAGACAAAGAAAAUAGAGGAGGAGAUCCAGGAGGUCAAUUCCGAAAUCAAGAAACUCCAACGAGGCGUAUCCGAAUUGACGGUCAAUCUGAAGGAGUACAGGAUGUACGGGAAAUUCCUCCGUCAACUCUCAGAGUGGCAGGGGAAACAUAGCAAAAGGAACACAAGCACAAGGGAUGUGAAAACAGCACCCAGUGCUACAGAAGGAGAUGCCUCACCUCCCAUCACUGCAGAGCAGGGCCAAGGUGGGGCAGCAGGGACAGAUGCUGCCAGUCCCAGCAGUACCAAUAAUAUGGAUGUGCCAAGUUUCCUGCUCUCUUCAAAGCCUUUGACUGUCGAGUCUUUGCGGGACAGCAUAGAGCUCCUGAAGCCUCUGUCACCAAGGCAAACGACCUUACUGGAGGAUGCAGAAACCAAAACGAGCUCGGAUGAAGAUGAGGAGCCCGAGCUGUACUUUACUGAUCCCCAACAACUGCUGUCUAUUUUCAUGGAGAUGGAGGAUGAGAAGUUCUCCGUCCUCCAGAAAUCCCAGGAGGCAGAGGAAAGUCUGAACAAGGUCCUACAGACUUUUAUCACCACACAUGAAAGCAUGGAGACGGAGAUAGCAGAGCUGAAAGAGCAGGUGGCCACUCUCAAGUCCUCCAUCGCCGAGGAAGAAGAGAGAGCAGCAGAUCUGAAGCUCAAAGCUCAGCUCUUUUCCUCUGGAGAAGGCAAAGCUGAUGACGAGGACAAAAUUCUCGCGAGCCUGAGCGAGAAGGUGAAGGAAGUCUAUUGCCAAUGCACUGGGGAGAGCGAGGGAAACCUGCAGACAGUGCAGAUGCUAAUGGUGUUGGAGAAAAGGCUCAACGAUUUACUGGACAGCGCAGAGGGAAUCCCACCAGAAAAGCUAGAACAUGCUUUGAAACUCAAGGAAAAGGAACGGAAGAUAAAGCUCAGAGAGGAAAAGCUGAGACAACAGGAGAAGCAGAAGGAGGAAAGACUGAAAAAGGCCCUGGAAAGGUCGAAAGCAACUGGGGAAAUGAAGACCAGCAGGAGGCUGAUAUUUCGCUCUGUCCUACCUCCCAAGAAGCCGAAAAGAAAGCCCAAACAAGAAGAAACAGAUAAAGAGAAGGAGGAACAACUCUAUUACUUCACCUGACAGCACAGCCUCACCCACAGCAUGCAGGGCUGAUGCUGCUCUUUUUCAUAGGUCUACA